UUAAAAAUUUGUGAUUAAAAAAAAAACUCUUUUUUUUGUGAAGAUGCUCUCUCUCAUGAGGACCGAUAUAUUUGAUUUAUCUGUCGAGAAAGCUGAGCAUGCACAUGGCAAUAUAAAAACACAAGUAAGCAAAGAAAUAAAUCCUAAACUUGUUUCCAUUUGCACACAACACACGCACACUCACGCACAAAUCCCCGACUCCAUUUUCUAUGAGUAAAUUGGAUUGCCGCUCCAGGAAAAAAAAAAAAAAAGAUUAUAAACAGCCUCCCUCUCGCACUGGUGGGGAGCAUCACUUAAUAAUGCUAAGUGUAUUGACACGUCGGUGCCUACACUCGAGUACACGUGCACUGUGCAGAGCUACACAUCAAUAUGAUACACUUUCACCAAACGACCUGGUGUAAACAAAUAUAUGAAGUAAACUAGAAGGAUCGUAAAUAUUGUGAGUCAAUUCCCAGGCGGAACAUCAGGCUCAUCAUCCGCGAGGGUUAUUGUGGGGAAGCAUUGGCUGAUUACAGUUUGGGGGUUGUUUGUAGUUCAAGUGUAUCGUUAUUAUGCAUUCAAGGGGCUUCUUCGAGGCAAUAUGAUAACAAAUCCGCAUUACAUUGAACACAACACAGGAAACUAGAAAAGUAGUUCCAUUUAAGAUUAAACAGUAACUUCGGUAUGUGGAUUUUAUGGGCAUUGUAAACUGUCUGCCCUUGCAGUAUCAACAAUAAAAUGGGUUACUAAACGUCACGAAAGGAAUCAUGUUUUGAUUUAUAUGCUUUAUUCCUGUCGUUGCCUUUGCUUUCGAAUCUCUUGAUAUACAGUUCUAGCAGGAACGUACAAACUGAUGCAUUACUUUCCAGCUCUGUACUGUCACCUAGUGGUCAUCGUGUCAAAAUACAUUUACGUCACAUAACUGGCUCGUAAUAAUUGUGCUGUCGUAGAAUCCGCCUGCGUGAGCAGUGUGUUAUUUUCCAUCCAAGUCACGAUUAAAGCAGAAUAGCUUUGUGUUCAACUAGACACACAUUCCGCCGUGAGCACAUUUGUGAGGAGAUUUAGGCAAGAUCGAUUUUGCAUAUUUUUUCGGGGUGGUGUUCCUGUGAGAUAAAAAAAAAUACAGUAUCGAUAUGCCUUAUUGGCGCAAGAAAGGCUUAAGAACAUUGUGUUAAUAUUAAUGUCACUUAACGAAAGUGAAAGUAAUACCUUGUGACUGAAAGUAUCAGCUGAGCCUAGUCGCCACCUGGCAAGUUAUCAUUUUACAAUGAAUCAUACAUGAGUGGCACCCAAUGGGACAUUUCUAAAUUGCAACUCUUCUCCGGUGGGUGGUAUUAUCUCUUCUUUGCCUUCGGGGCUGUUGUUGUAACAGACAUUUUUAAAAGUUGGUGACCAUGUUGCCAGCCCAGGAAGCGGCGAAGAUCUACCACACUAACUACGUGCGCAACGCCCGAGCGGUGGGCGUGCUGUGGACCGCGUUCACCAUCACCUUCGCAGUCAUCACGGUGGUGGUGUUCAUCCAACCUUACUGGAUCGGGGACAGCGUCAACACGCCCCAGGCCGGCUACUUUGGCCUCUUCCACUACUGCAUCGGCAACGCGCUCACUUCGGAGCUCACCUGCAAAGGUAGCGCCCUUGACUUCGGCUCCAUCCCGUCCGGGGCCUUCAAGACGGCCAUGUUCUUCGUGGGCAUCUCCAUGCUGUUGGUGGUGGGCAGCAUCGUGUGCUUCAGCCUCUUCUUCUUUUGCAACGCCGGCAGCGUGUACAAGAUCUGCGCCUGGAUGCAGCUGGCCUCCAGCGCUUGCAUGGUGAUCGGCUGCAUGAUUUAUCCUGACGGCUGGGACUCAGAGGAGGUGAAGCGGAUGUGCGGCCAACGGACCGACAAAUACACCCUGGGCAACUGCACGGUGCGCUGGGCUUACAUCUUGGCCAUCAUCAGCAUCAUGGACUCGCUCAUCCUUGCCUUCCUGGCCUUUAGCCUGGGCAGCAGACAGGACAACCUGCUGCCCGAGGACUUCCAGGUGGAGGAGAAAGGUACCAGCAUUUAGGGGAGGAUGGGUGAGCAGGACAUAAGAUGUACUGAAAGGAAAACCAAGAGAGCAUGUGAGGUAAAAGUGUCUCUCAAUUCAAUGUGACAACUCAAUUUCUGCUGUUUCU